AUGGCAACCGAAUUUAGUAAAUCAAAUAUCUUAGAUAUAGAUACUAAUACAAUAAACACCAAAAAUUGUUCGUAUUGCAAUAUACCAUUUACUGAAAAAUUAUGGUGUAAAGAAUGUAUCAAUUCUUUGGAAAAAUUAGCAGAAAAUGGAGAUAAAGAAGCAAUGUUUAAUUUUGCCAAUUGUUAUAGAGAUGGAGAAGGAACUGAAAAGAAUUUAGAAAAAGCCUUUCAUUGGUAUCAAAAAGCAGCAGAAAAUGGUAAUGAAAAAGCAAUGUUUAAUUUAGCCAAAUGUUAUGUAAAAGGAGAAGGAACAGAAAAAAAUUUAGAAAAAGCCUUUCAUUGGUAUCAAAAAGCAGCAGAAAAAGAUUAUACUAAAGCAAUGUAUAAUUUAGCCAUAUUUUAUGAAAAUGGAAAAGGAACAGAAAUGAAUUUAGAAAAAGUUUUUCAUUGGUAUCAAAAAGCAGCUGAAAAUGGUAUUGAAGAAGCAAUGAAUAAUUUAGCCAACUGUUAUAAAAAUGGAAAGGGAACAGAAAAGAAUUUAGAAAAAGCUUUUUAUUUGUAUCAGAAAGCAGCAGUAAGUGGUAUUGAAGAAGCAAUGUUUAAUUUAGCCAAUUGUUAUAGUAAUGGAGAAGGAACUGAAAAGAAUUUAGAAAAAGCCUUUCAUUGGUAUCAAAAAGUAGCAGAAAAUGGAGAUGAUGAAACAAUGUUUAUUUUAGCCAACUAUUAUAGUAAUGGAGAAGGAACUGAAAAGAAUUUAGAAAAAGCCUUUCAUUGGUAUCAAAAAGCAGCAGAAAAUGGCAAUAAAAUGGCAAUGAAUAAUUUAGCCAAUUGUUAUAAAGAUGAAAAAGGAACAGAAAAGAAUUUAGAAAAAGCUUGUCAUUUAUAUCAGAAAGCAGCGGAAAAUGGUGUUAAUGAAGCAAUGUUUAAUUUAGCUGAAUGUUAUAAAAAUGGAGAAGGAACGGAAAAAAAUUUAGAAAAAGCUUUUCAUUGGUAUCAAAAAGUAGCAGAAAAUGGUGAUGAAGGAGUUGCAAUUUUUAAAUUAGCCAGAUGUUAUAAAAAUGGAGAAGGAACGGAAAAAAAUUUAGAAAAAGCUUUUCAUUGGUAUCUGAAAGCAGCAGAAAGUGGUAAUGAAGAAGCAAUGCUUAAUUUAGCCAAUUGUUAUAAUAAUGGAGAAGGAAUAGAAAAAAAUUUAGAAAAAACCUUUUACUGGUGUAAAAAAGUAGUAGAAAAUGGUGAUGAAGAAGGUGCAAUUUUUAAAUUAGCCAGAUGUUAUGAAAAUGGAGAAGGAACAGAAAAGAAUUUAGAAAAAGCUUUUCAUUGUUAUCAAAAAGCAGCAGAAAAUGGUGUUAUAGAAGCAAUGAAUAAAUUAGUCAAAUGUUAUAAAGAUGGAGAAGGAACAGAAAAGAAUUUAGAAAAAGCCUUUUAUUGGUAUCAAAAGGCAUUAGCAGAAAGUAAUAAAGUAAAGUCUAAAGAUGAAGUUGAAUUAGUAUGUAAUAAAUGCAAAAAACCAUAUAUUGAUUACCCAUGGUACCAUCAAUGUAAUGAAUGCAAACAACCAUUUAUUGAGUACCAGUGGUGCCAACAAUGUAAUGUUAAACAAUUUCAACAAGAUUUUUCAAAGUGGACCAGUAAAAAUGAAUUUAUUGAUAAAUUUAUUCAAGAAGCACAACUAAAUGCUAAAAAUAGUUAUGGAAUUUUAGAGUGGAUACCUUAUAAUAAAUUGCUAAAUAUUAGUUAUUGUGAUAAAGGAGGAUUUAGUGAAAUUCAUAAAGCUAUCUGGUCAGAUGGUCCUAUAUUUAGUUGGAAUUAUAACAAAAAACAAUGGGAUAGACAAACAGAUUAUGAAGUCAUUCUUAAAACACUUAAGAAUUCAUCAAAUCUGAAUAGUAAAUUUCUUGAUGAGUGGAAAUAUCAUUAUAAUUGUCAGAAAAAUUCAUUUUCAAAAUUUAUUCAAUUUUUUGGAAUUACUCAAGAUCCAAAUAAUCUAAAUUAUAUAAUAGUAAUGAGUUAUGCAAAAAAAGGAAAUUUGAGAAAAUGUUUAUCUGAUAUAAUUAAAUUUAAGUGGCAAGACAAAUUGCAAUUAUUGAAAAAAAUUAUAUUAGGACUUAAAGUAAUUCAUGAAUCAAAUUUAACUCAUGGCGAUUUUCAUGAUGGCAAUAUUUUAUUGUCAGAUAAUCACAAUGAGUUAUUUAUUAUUGAUUUAGGAUUAUGUAAACCUAUAAAUGGUUUAGAUUCUGAUAAUAAUAAAGUUAAUGAAAUUUAUGGAGUUAUGCCUUAUAUGGCACCUGAAUUAUUUAGAAAUAAACUCUAUACUCCAGAAAGUGAUAUUUAUAGUUUUUCAAUGAUAAUGUGGGAAUUUACAUCAGGUAUUCCUCCAUUUUAUGAUAGAGCACAUGAUCACCAUCUUAUCUUGAGUGUUUGUAAUGAUGAACGUCCUGAAAUUAUUGAAAAUACUCCAAAAUGUUAUAUGGAUUUAAUUAAAAAAUGCUGGGAUUCAAAUCCUUCUAAUAGACCAACUAUAAUAAUGCUUGAAAACAUUAUAUCUGAAUGGAUUAGAUGUAUUAAUGAAUUUUAUGUAGCAAACAGAGAUGGAAAUUAUGUUUAUAAAGUAUCUAAUAUUGAUGGUCAAUUAGAAGAUGAUAUGUUUGAAUUUGUAAAAGCAAACAAAGCUUUAGUACAAUCGCAAGAACAAGUAAAUACUUCUAUUAUACAAUCUCAUCCACAAGCAUGUUUUAUUAGUCGCAAUGUUACUAAAGAAAUAGAAAAGUCUAAGAAUGUUAGUGAAAGCAUUGUUCAAGAAUAUUCUGCUGAUUUGCAAGAAUGUAUGGUUAAAUUUAAAAAUCAAUAA